GGAGGACCAGAAGAAUUCUGCUGAAGAUCGUUAGCACAGCCGGCUGUUUGGCUAGACCGCGCCGUCAUGGACCCGCUGACGUUCGGGCCGGAUAUAGAAUGACGUAGGCAUGGCAUGCUACGUGCUAACGGUUAGCUGACAGAAAGUGUUGUGUGUCAUGUUUACGUUGACAUUGAAGAAACAGGUGUUGGUGAAGUGAAGGGCUGACUCAGCUACAGUACGUCUCCAUGAGGUACAGCGGGGUCCAGCUGUCCCUCUGGACUCAUGGGUUCUGCUGCCGGUCCGGACCCCUCGCUCUUGGCUGUCCUGCAGGCAGAGUCGUUCUGCUGCGGCCCUUCAGCGCCCACCACGAACCGAGCCCACCGCCUCCCGCUGGCCGCGCCCCUCCUGAGCAGAAGAGCGGAGCUGAGCUCAUGAAGGAGCGAGUGAUGGUCGGGUUGCAGCAUGCAGGCGAGCUCGGCCGACAGUGGGGUCAGAAGUCACUGCAGUUGGCCAUGGCCUCGGUCAACAGAUGGUGGGCGAGGUACGAGGAGUUUGUAGGUCUCAACGAGGUCAGAGACGCUCAAAGCAAAGUCACAGAGGCGGAGGCGGCCUUCAUGGUGGCCAGAGGGAUGGUCCGGGAGGCCCACCUAAGCCUGGAGGCCCUGCAGGUCCGGCUGAAGGAGGUCCGGGACCGACUGGAUCGAGUCUCAAGAGAAGAGGCUCACUACCUGGAACUAGCUACUCUGGAACACAAACUGCUGCAGGAAGAGCGCCGACUGCGGACAGCGUACGAGAACUCUGAGGAGUCGGAGCGCGAGAAGUUUGCUCUGUUCUCAGCUGGCGUGCGCGAAAGCCAUGAGAAGGAGCGGACCCGUGCAGAGAGGACCAAGAACUGGUCCAUUAUUGGGUCGGUGCUGGGAGCGCUCAUCGGAGUCAUGGGGUCAACAUAUAUCAACCGGGUUCGUCUGCAGGAGCUGAAGUCGCUGCUGCUGGAGGCCCAGAAGGGUCCGGAGAGCCUACAGGAGGCCCUCAGAGUCCAGGCUGGGAACCACAGAUCCCAGCAGGACGAACUCAGAACUAUCAUUGACAGCCUGCGGGUCACUCUGCAUGAGCGGGUCGUUGCCACUCCUGACAGUGCACCCACCACAGGCUCGCCCAUGCUCCCCGUCUCUGUCUUAAAAGAGCUGAGUUCAGGCAGCAAGCGGGCCGAAUCCCUUCUUGGGUCCCUCAUGCCUCAGGUUGGUCAGUUGGAGCAGGGACUGGGUCGGGUCGAGAGCGAGCUACUUCAGGUGAGGAAGUUCCUCGAGACUCCCCCAAAGUCAGAGUGGCACUCUAGAACAGCAGAGCGUCCAGAGAGCAGGGACCAGUGGAAAUCUGAGAUGGUUCUGCAGAGGCUGGACCAGACCCAGAAGUUCUUAGGGGAAGGUAUCCAACAGAACACCAUACUAAACGCAAUUGUCACUUCAACUGCCGCUGCUGUGACCAUCUCUGCAGUAUACCUGCUGUUAAGAGGACCUGGUUAGAGGAGAGCCGGUUUGGAUCUACCUGGUCCUGACCUGGCAGAACCCGCUGCACCCACGUGGUCCUCCAUACCUGAACCAAUCAUGGUUUGUGGAUCAGUAAUGGCUGCUCUCAAAGCUUAUAAUUCUGUUUGAACUGGACCAGUCCGUGUUGUGGUGCCAGAGCCGGAUAGACGCUUCCGAGCCCAAGACCAAGAUGCACUGAGAUUGUGAGAUGAAGAACUGAUUAUUUUAAAUUAAAAUUACUUGAAGGUGUCACUCAUGUUGUUGACGUGAUGUUGGUGACGUCUGCACUGAGGCUGCGACUGGAUCUUCCAUGGUUCUGAUCCAUGUGAGACUGUUGAAUAAAUGAGCUGCUGAUGUUUCACAGCACAGUCACUGAAACAGAACAAUAAACUUGAUGUCAAAUAUUUACAAUAUAAUUCUUUCAGAACCACAUUGUAAACUUUUGGAGAUGCAGAACAAAAUUAGAAAAUAUGUGUUGAACUAAUUCAGGGCUCCAACUGUAGUAUACAUGUUCACCACAUAACGGCGCUAUGACAUGCCCGAUAACGUUUCUGAGCCACAAACAUCAUACAGAUAAUAAAACGUAAAAAUCGUAAUGUAGCUUUCUGACCAGCAGGAGGCAUCACCUCCCUGAAAAUGUCACUGCUUUGAAGCCUUGUUUGAAUGUCAUUUCCUUCUUGUGUGAUACUUUUCUUUGGGACAAACAGUUGAUGUUUUCUUUGCUCAAGAAGCCCUGGUGUCAUUACAACCCAGAACCAGCGCCUUAGCGAAAAAAGAAGCGUGAGACCUCACGAGGUCAUUCACGCAGAUCUGGUCUGGUCCAGUUCCUCUGUUGGUUCUGAAAAUCCUCCUGAGCAGAUGUUGCCUUUAGUUAGAACAUCACACACAAGCACAGUGGUGUUUCACUAUUUCUGUGAGGACCUCUUAUUGCCAUAAUUCUUUCCCCAGCCUCUCAGCCUCCACUAACUUGACUAUCCGAAAGACAUUACUAACCUUAACUAGGACUUUGAACCAAACUGAAACUACUUUAACUUUACUUUUCUUCACAAGGAGGUGACUUGUCAAGACAUGGUACUUGCAAGUCUGACAAAACAUGCCCUCUCUCUCUCUCUCACACACACACACACACCUGAAGAACAAGCAAACACACACAAAAAUACAAAACAGAGUGCAGGCACAACUGUCGCUGACAACACAGACUCACUCACUCAUGACCAGAAACACACUACAUCGAGACACAACUGAACUCUCACAGAUGAAGUGUAUAUUGUUUAUUCCUCAAUGUUUUCCUGCCAGAAUUGUCUUUCUCCACAUGCUGUUGUUCUGCAUCUGUAAACACUACACUUAAUUUCCUCAUCACUUUCUUUCAACAACUUUCUCAACUUCCUGAUUUCAAAAGUGAGAUCAGGUGUAUUGUUGACCCACAAACAGGCAAGCUUAUAAAUGUUCACAGAAGUGAGAAUCAUAAAUUCACAUUUAUUACUGCAAUAUUCUCAUGUAUGAACAUUAAGUCACCUUUGAACCCCAAAUUAAGUUUUGGUGUCACAUCGUGCUUCUGAUGGCAGUUUCCAGAGGAAGCAGGAAGUGACCUGUUGUGUCACAUGACCGCACAAGAUAAAGAAGAAAUCAGUGGCUUCUUCUUACAGAUAACAAGAUUGUGUCACCGUUUACAAUGUCUUUAUGAUGGAAAGUUCUGUGAGUGGAAGACUUCUGUGUUUGUAAACAUCCAGGCGACGGGGAAAGUUUCCUAAUGCCCAGUGAAAUAAGUGAUCCUCACGCCUCACGUUUUCUACACCUCCCCCCUCAUGUUCCCUCACACAACAUGUUCCCUUACUGCACUCUUCAUCUUCCUGCAGUGUUCCUUCACUUGUUAAGGUGAUGAUGUUGUCCUUUAUUAAAGUGGCUUCACAGAGAUUGAUGAUGAAUAGUAUGCAAAAUCCACAACACGUACUGCAAGGGUUUAUUUCCUGAAACUACUGACUAUUCAUUUAAGCUAAAGUGGUUAAUAGAAAGAUUUAAUUCUUUUGUUCAAACUGUGAAGGGCAGCAAGUUCACCCUGCUGGGAGUGUGUGUGUGUGUGUGUUUUCUUUUAUAUCUGCACUUGUGGGGACCAAGUACAGCUAUAAAAGAAUUUGUGGAGACCUUUCGCCCAUCCCUCAAUUUGAGGAUUAAAACUUCAAAAUAACUAUGUCAUUACAAUUGAAUUUUACUUUGGUUUAGGUCCUGGUGAAGGUGAGCCAUUUGUUUGGGAUGGUGAGUAUUAGAGUGAUUAGAGAGGCAAGCAUGAAAGCCAUUGAAAUCUCCCCACAAAACACAGUGUGUGUGUGUGUGUGUGUGCGCUGCUCAUUGACACAGGAUCAUGGGGUCAAACACAUGUGGGACUGUGUCUAGACAUGUCUGUGAGUGUUAAACUUGCCUUUGAUUCAGACCAUCCCCACAGGGGUCAGGGAGUUCACCAGCCCAACCCAACAUUCACCCACUGGGGGCAGUAGUCCAUGAGUUUCCCUCUGGUAGAGCUUCUCCUGCAGCUCACUCUUUGCUCAUUCACCCAUGAGCCGUGGACCCAACCCUUCCUGUGAGUCAUACAGCUGCUCUAAUGGGAUAAGUUUGGUAUGAAGUUUAUAUUGUGGGGACGUGCGGACAAUC